UGAAUGUUUUGUGUUGGGUACUGAGAAGUGUGUCUGUUAUUACCAUAUAAAUUAUAUGGUUAGUGACUUAGCUCAACAUUGUUACACUUUCAGAAAAGUAUAUUGCAAUUCAACACAAUCAAGCGACUUGGUAUUCCUAUAUAUGUAUGUAUAUAUAUAUAUAUAUUUAAAAAAAUCAACGAAGUCGAUGCGUACACCGCGGCGGUGUACCUAGCGAAACCAUCGCCUUGGCCUGCGUAAACCGUGGCGGUGUACCUAGUGAAAUCGUGGGCUUUGGCCUGGGUACACCGCGGCAAAAAUUUACCAUUGGCCUGGUUUUAAGAUAUACUUGUUAGAGAAGAUCUUGUGUGGUCAAGUGGUAGAGUGGACGCUUGGCGAUAAUAUAGUUUGAGAUCAAGUCACAGUAGGGGAUUGAGGUUUUUUCCUCCCAUUUUAGUUUUAAAAUAUUUUGUAGCAAUUUAAACAAUUUAAAUAUAUGUUUAAAUAUUAUAUUAAAUACACUUUAAUAUAUUUAUUUAUAUAUAUAAGUGUUUCAACAAGUUGUGCCGGCCUUUGACUUUGAAAAUACAGGUAAAUUUAGUAAUAAGACUUUAGACAUUUGAAAACAAACUUAAAGUUUCUGAAAGCGCAUGUAAUACAUGAUGAUCAUGAUCAUGUAUAGUGUAUGUCAAUGUAACAUGUAUAACAGAAACAAGAUGAAUACUAAGUGACUGAUAUUCUAUUGUAUUUUGUAUUUCAACAUUCUUUGUGUAGUUGAAUAUUUACAUUUUACUUUUACGAACACCCAAAGAAAAUACCAGUAUGAAUAAUAUUCAUACCAUAUGAAUAUUAAUGUGCAUGGUCGUAUUUCAACCUUGAACCAUCUUGCUUUCACUAUGCCUUAUGCAUUGGCAAAAUGUACAUACGAUAUCAAAGGUUCAUUCACAACACUCAGUCUCACAGCAAAUCUUUUGAAAACACCUCGAUUUUAGAAACUUGCGGAGCGGUAGCAAACUGUAUAGCAAAGCCAUAGGUCUGCGUUUACCCUUUUCAUGACGUAAUUUGUUUCCAGAAUGGCAUGGCAUGUGCUAUUCUCAGGGUAAAACACGACGUUUUCUCACAGAAACCAUUGCACAAUGGGCCUGGGACAGGAUUUGCACUAUGUCAAAGUUUUUGUAUUUGUUGUUGUUGUUUUUUUUUAAGAAAUCGAUCCUUGCCGGGGAGUGGGGGGUGGUGGUGAGUUAUGGGCAGAGGCUUAACCAAAAAGGGGGCAUUCACAAAUCACGGCUCAGGAUAGGGGUUGUCCACAAAGGACGUCCGCACAACAAACUUACCUUUUGCAUCCCCCCUCCCUCUGCCAGCAUUUUUUUUACUAAUGUGUAAUGCCAAUGUAAAACUAAAUCAAUGAUAUUUAAUUAUUGUUAAAAGACUUUCAAAAAUCACUGCAGUGUUUCGUAUUUAUCAUCUUACUGCUGUUUUGUGUUGACACAUGCUUGGUAUCACAAUGACAAUGCCUCGAACAACUUUAACUUUACGACUUCAUGAUCAAUGUAUGAGUAUGUGAUUCUCUUCCCGUAGUGUAUUUGUGGCGUAAUUUUAUCUUGGUGCUAACAAAAUAGAUUCACUGUCUUCCCAUUAAUUUUUACAGCAUGCCCCGAGGGAUCACAUACAAUGUUAUAUUUAUAAUGCCCCCCCAAAAAAACAACAACAAAACAACAAACAACUGGGUGGGGGGUGGGCAUGAGAGAAUAAUUUCAAAUUAAGAUUCACAAUCAUAUGAUAAAACCUACAAUUAAUAAAUAUAUUUGUAUUUCAAUAUAUUGGGGGAGGGGGGAAUAAAGUGGUUAACUUUAAAAAUAAAUCAUGGUUUAACAUUACACCCAAAGCCCCCUCCCUUCCAAAAAUAAUAAGAAAUGCUUUACAUGCACUUUGCCACAUAAGCGUGGAAAUUACUCAAUAUCUUCCCAAGGUAAUAAACAAAUUUUAAAUAAAUAGUUUUCAGUUUUAACACGAGUAUAACAUUAAAUCUACAAGUACCAGUUAGGCCAAAAGGUUAAAGACUCGCAAAGACCAUAGUUUUGCUACUUUAAAUCGCUGCGGUGUACGCAGGCCACAGACCAUGAUUAAGCUAGGUAACGGUACACCGCCGCGGUGUACGCAGGCCAAAGUUAAUAGUUUCGCUAGGUACACCGCCGCGGUGAAAUAAAAAGAGGCGGUGUCUCGUGUGAAAGAAAGCUAAAUCGACAUUGACAUGGGAUUGAUUACUAUGCAUAAUUUCUAGUCAGUAAAAGUAAUAAAAAAGGAGCCCUUCUCUAGUGAAUUUAAUUUAAUAAUAAUAAUACUAUUAUUAAUAGUAUAAAUUAUGGUAAAUAGUAUAAUAAUAUUAAUAGUCUUAGUAUAAAUUAUAAAUAGUAUAAUAAUAUGAAUAGUCUAUAGUAUAGUGUAGUGGAAAGUGGUAUAUAUAAUUUUAAAAUAAUUUAUUAUUAUUAGGCAGUGUCUACACGUCCGGCGCGCCGGACGUAUAUCUCCCGCACUAUUUUUCCGGCGACCAAGUCACAUGACCGCCGUAACAAAGUGGCGAGAGAUAUCUUGUCGGUCAGCCUUUUCACAUGACUGCGAAUGAUUCAAAACUAUUGUUAAUUUUAAAAUCUAUUUCUCUACCAAGUAAUAUACUGAGUAUCUUGAAUGCAAAUAAAAAAAAAAAAACUUAAGUGAAAGUGGCUUGUAAACAUUUUUGUUUAUUUUGUUAUUUGAGUUUGUGCACCAUAAAAUAAAUUAGGGGCCAGUGUGGAGUACGCAACCAAUAAAAGUAAAAGAUUUCAUUUUAAAUUGUUUAAAUUGCUACAAAAUAUUUAAAUACUUCUCAUGAAACUAAUUUUGCUGAUGAACAUGAUAAUAAAAAUAUAGUAUAAAAUAUUUUUAAUUAAAACGGGAAAAAAAACUAUCCUUUCCCCGGAAUUGAUCCUCAAAUCAUAAUAACUUUAAGCAACCGCUCUACCACUAGACCACGCAAGAUCUACCAAACUGCAUUUCGUUCAGAUUAAUAAAAAAUACUAGCCGUCCGGCGGUCACGUGACAUACCGCCGGACGUAUAUCUUGCGCACUAUUUGUCCGGCACGCCGGACGUGUAGACACUUCGAAUUUAUUAAUAUGGAAUUGUCAUUAAUAACUCAUACAGUACAUACUCUUACAUACAGUGUACUCUUGGCGUCCCCCCCCCCCCCCAAAAAAAAAAGUUCUAUCUAUCAUAUUUUAUUUGUUUUGCCAACUUUGGCACCAUUUUUUUUCCAUCAUAAGGUCGCCAUGAAGAGGGUGGCAGUGUAAAAAAAAAAAUAGUGCAAAAACACUCCUUAAAAAUCAACACAUUUUAAUUUUAAAAUGGAAAAAUAGCUUCAGAAAAACAUUUAAAAUUAUGCAAAUUUUAUUAAUUUUUUUACUAAAAAAACUUAAAACUAGGAACUUUGAUAUUGCUCUGAAACACCCCAAAAUUGAGCAUUGUUAUUUUGUUGACAAAAUGGUGACCUCCACUUUUUAAUGUUCCGUGGGUAUUGUUAUUUUGAUUUGUAGUAUCAUAGUCGACAUAGUCAUAAUAAAUUAUACAUCGGCCAAUUACUUAAGGCUGACAUCUAGCUAGUUCUACACUAAUACUAUUAUUAAGAAUUCAUUUGAUUUUUUUUUUGAGGUUAAACCUUUAAAAAUUGAAUUUAAAAAUAGGUAAACUUUACUGAUUAUGAGUAACUUUUAAAUUUAAACUGGUCUAAUAAAGAAAAAAAGAUUUCUUUAAUUUAUAAUUUAUAACAUAUCCAAAAUUCAUGAGUAGGCUGGGGUAAAAAAUGAAAAUCAAAGAGGUCACUUUUUAAGCUAUGCUUGUAAUUUGUCAUCAUGGCAACCAUGCUUGUCUGCAUAUUACCUAUUAUUGAUAUUGGUUGUGGGAUAGUUAAUAAUUCAUUAAAUUUGUUAUCUGGAAUAUAAAUUGGAAAUAUAACUAAUAAUAAAUCAUUUUAAAUAAAUAAAUGUUAAAUAACAUAAAUAAUAAUUAUUGGAUUAUGAAAUACAGUGAAAAUCAUUAACAUGAAACUGAGGGGACCGAAUUAUUUCAUCAUGUUAAAAGAAUUUCGUGUAAACGAUGCAUAAAAAAAUAUAUAUUUAUAUAUACUCACAUUUAUUAGAGUACAUCCUAUUAGAUUCACUAUUUACAUUUCAAAUUAUUAUACAUUUUGUACAUAAAUUUUCAUAAAAAACAAUAAAACCAAUAAAAAUAUUAAUAAAAAACAAAUGAACUUUAAAAUAUUUUCAUUAAAAAAACAAAACAAAUACAAUUUUUUUUUUGCAUUGUAUUUCUUAACAUCAAAUUGUCAAAAAAUUAUUUGAUAUUAUUCAUUUCAUUUAAAUAAACAUUAUUGUCUCAUCUCACCGGCAAUCAUGGUAUCAGUAUUUCAAAGUCGAUUUAGCCUUCUUUCACACGAGACACCGCCUCUUUUUAUUUCACACCCUGUAUUCUCGCCGGCAGGUGUAUGAUGUAUUUUGUUCAUUCCGAAAACUGAAAUCUUUACACGUUAAGCGAAUUUUUUUGUUUCGUGUUAAAAGAAAAAAAUGUAUGAAAAUGCCUAGUAUUUUGUCGGGACCGCAUUAUUUUGUGUUAACCCAUUUUUCAUGUUAAGUGUUUUAACAUUAAACGUAUUUCACUGUAUCUGUGGUUUUAAUUUUGGUGUUGGUUGCCAUGGACAUUGACAUGGGAUUGAUUACUAUGCAUCUGUGACUUACUCAAACUUACAGUUAGAUAGGCUUAGUAAAAGUUUUAUCAAUAGACUUAAUACCGGAAGUAAUAAUAAUUUGUUGAUGGCUUUGUUCUGCAUACAUUUCUACAUGGAUUAAUGUAUCUUGACCAAACUCAGCACAUAUAUCCAUCAUUAUCCAGAAUCAAAUAUUGAGGGGUCUUGAACUUUUUUUUAUCAACAUUCGUUUUUCCCCCUUAUAUAAGCUAUAUGAGUAAAAUUACCAACAAAUCCAUUAAUUACAUAAACAAUUUUCCCCGCAACUUUUGACCCCCCCCCCCCCGUCAACAACUGUCAAACUGUCGAUGACCCCCCUAUUUUAUUAUGUCAACAUUUAAUAUCCCCUCGCGNUUUAUAAAAAAUGAAUUAUAAUAUCAAUAAAUUUAUAAAUACGUUUUACUUUGUGCUCAUGUAUUUUUAAUAACACAAAAUUGUCAGAAAAAAUUACUUCUUUAGCUUGUUAAUCAGCAAGUUAAAAAGUUUGUACACUUAAAUUUUGUAAUGCAGUAUCAAUUAAAAGUUUGUUAAAGACUAAAUAUAAUUGUUUGUGGAAUUAUAAAAAUGAUUAUUUUCAGUAUAGCUGACAAUUAUAGUAUAGUUUCUAGCUGCUAUUAUUUUCCCAUGGAGUAGCCAGCUGUUGCUCUAUUGUAAAAAUGGGCAUCAGGGACAUCAUUUGGGUAGGGCAUGGGGCCACCCCCCCUCCCCCCUCUUCCCCUUCGAUUUUGCUGGUUUUAUUUUAAUUGCUAUGUACUGUGGUGCCUUCAGUAAUAAACAACAAGCCGACCAAGUUUUGGUUUUGCCCCCCUCCCUUCCCUUGAAAAAAACCUGAAAUAACACCCCUGAUGGGCAUAGUCUAUAGUAGCUGAUUGAUCAUUUUCAUCUUGCGGAAUGAUAUGCCAGACAAGUCAACAUCAUCCUUAUGUAACUAUUCAGCACUUAAAAUAGAAGCAUUGUCUGUGUGAGCAAUAGUUGCCAUAAGCUCUCUCUGUCUUUGAGUUGGUGUAGUUUGUUAUUGAACACCGACGAUUUUUUAAUAUUUUUUAAAUUGAACACUGUGUACAAUGAUGUGUUAAUCAUUCUAGAGAGUGGAUUAAGAGAAAAAGGACAGGUGAAGAGAUGCCAACUUUUGACUUCUCUUGCACUAACAAAAUGAGCUAACAUUCUGACCAGCCAUCUGCAGUGCACAUACAGACACAUAUUAAAUAACUUUUAUGUUGUUAAAAACGUAAACAUAUAUGACUAUUUACACUCAUUAAAUUGUUUAAAAUAGUGUAAGAACCAGUAAUUUUUUAAGAUUAAAAUUUUAAUAGAAAAACAUGAUUGUUGACGUCAACUAAUCUAAACCCCCUUUCUUUCCCUUUCAACAACUGUCAAACAUUUCCAAACAACCCCCCUCCCCCCAUUUGUUGACGUAAUUAAUGGACGCCCUUAAAUUAAUGGAUGGAUCUUGACUAAACUACUACACUUACACUUGAUCAUCUAUAUACAAAUACUGAAGGUAAUGAAUUUCAUAAGAUCCAAUCCUUUCGGUCCGGGGCGCCCCAUUUUAUUUUUCCUAAUAUAAGCUAUAUAAUUACCAAUAGACAGACAAGACUUCUAUGUGAAUUGAUGGAUGUAGGCAUAGCUUGGUUGCAAUACCCUUCACAGUCCAUAUUGAAAUAUCGGUGGAUUAAAACUAAUAAUAUCUAAUCGAUUCAGGGCCGGUCUAGAAUUUUCCAGAAAGUUUGAUAAUUUAAAAAGGCUAUCUCUAUUGCAUUUUUAAACUGAUUUCAAUGGAACAACUUUUAAAUUUUAACUUUAUUAUUUAUCUGAACGAUUUUUAUAGGGCCCCUUAUCUCAGGCAUAACAAAAACGGUACACUUAUGGAAUAGGCACCUACAAAGGGCCAUCUCUUAACUUAAAUGAAAAAGGGUUAUAGUUAUAGCAUUUUGUUGUAGAUUUUUAUCGUUUUUGAAAAAUAAUUAAGUAGAAUAGUAAUUUUUCACAAGUUUCUAGGAGGUUAUUAAAUUUAAUCUAGAAUGUUGCAAAAAUUUCUAUAUUGUUCCACAGGGAUAUAUAGUUAAUCUAAAAAAUUAGUUUAGUUCUAUUGAUUUCUAUACUUUUCUCUGUAUUGCUUAGUUAUCUUUUUUAAAAAUUUCAUGUAGUUUCUGGAUUAUUCUAGAAGCUUUGAUUUUUUUCUAUAAUCAUUUUAAGAUUGCAUAAAUGCCCUAAUUAUGUUUAUUGUGUUUCCACAACUUUCAAUGAGUUUCCUCAAAUUUUAUGGAAUAAAAAUUAAAGAUAUUUGUGGAGUUUCUAGAAAGUUUAUUAUUUGUCCAUUAUUAUGGUCUAAGCUAUGUACAUAAAUGAAGUUUAAGGCUUAGAUUACGGUAAACACUACAACGAGUAUUUAUGGACCUUGGUAAAAAAACCUUCAUAAUUCCACCGGGGAACAGGAUCCCACUAAGGAAUAGGAUCGGUAUUCCAAUGGGGUCAGGAACCCGCUGGAAAGUGGAUCCCAUUGGGAAAGGGAUCCCAUUUAUAAAUGUGUUUUUUAGAGGAGAAAAUAUUAAAAAUGGGUAAUUUUUUCUUAGUGAUGUUUUUUUUACACCCCUUUUUUCGAUGUUAGCUAAAAGAAGUUGUUUUUUCCAAAUUCAAUCCCGGGCCAUGCCAGGUAUAUUGGCUAGUAUAUGUAUACAUAGGCUUAGACAACACUAUAUGUUGUUUGUAAAUUAAUGGAUAUAGGCCUAGCUUGGUAGCAAUACCCUUCAGAGUCCGAAUAGAAAUUUCAGUAGAUGAAAACUAAUAAUAUCCAAUCCAUUCAGGGCCGGUCUAGAGUUUUCCAGAAAGUUCAAUAAUUUAAAAAGGCUGACUUUGUUGCAUUUUUAAGCUGAUUAUAAUGGGACAACUUUCAAAUUUUAAAUUUAUUAUUUAUCUGACUGAUUUUUAUCAGGUCACCUAUCUCAAGAAUAACUUAAAUGGUAUAUCAUGGAAUGGGCCACCCGGGGCCUGUCUAUUAACUUAAAUUUAAAUGAAAAAGGGGUAUAAUUAUGUCAUUUGUUGUAGAUUUUUAUCAUAUUCAAAAAUAAUUAAGUAGAAAAGUCGUUUUUACACAUGUUUUGAGGAGGUUAUCAAAUUUAAUCUAGAAUAAAGUUCAAUAUUGUUUCAAGGGGUUAUUUAGUGGGAUAUAUAAGUGUAUUGAAAUGUUAGCUAUAUUCAUUUCUAUACUGUCCCGGAAUUUAUUGUUUUCUCAGUAUCACUUAGAAUUUUUUUUUAUAGGGAUCUUAAAGGGGUUGGGACCCCAUUGAGAUCAGGAUCCCACCAGGAUCGGAAACACACUGAGAGUGGUAGCGCACCCAGAUCGGGGACCCAUCGGGAUCAGGAUACCAACAGGAUUGGGAAACAAUCGUUAUCGGGGUCCUUACGGGAAAAGGGGUUGGGAUGCAAUGGGAUCAGGACCUUACAGCAAUUGGGAUCAACUGGGAUCGGGAUCCCAUCGGUUUCUCUCCGGGAGACGUGAUGCCAUCAGGAAAAGGGAUCCAAUUGAGAUCCCACCGGGAUUGAAAUGUUUUCAAAAGUUAUUAUAAAUGUGUUUUUUUUUUAAAUGGAGCGUAAUUUCAAUGUUAAUUAAAGGCUGUAGAAGUUGUUGCUUUUCCAAAUGCAAUCCUGUGCAACGCCGGGUAUUGGCUAGUAUUAUUAUAAAUUCUUACCAAAUGAAAUAUUAAUUUUUAAAAAUCCAUCAAUCAAAAACAAUCCAUCUGCUUUAUCCAUGGUAAGGCUAUACAACUGCACCAUAAAUGAAGAGGCCUAAUAAAAAAGUAAAAAAGCAUUGUCAGCUGAUGCAUUGUUGCUACAACAAAUUCACACGGAUAAAUUGGUCAGUGCUUUGUGACUUGGUUAAGUUUUGCCAGCUGAGCAUAAACAAGACCUUAUGACCAGUAACUAAGUAAAAGUAUGAGGUCACAAAAAGUAACAAAUCCACACAGUGAACAUAACUUUAACUGUUAAAUACAAAGAAUGACAGAUAAAUUUAUUACCUACACAUCCAACAGUUAAUAUAACUUAUUUUCUAUAGAAUUUAAGUAGUCAUUAAUAAUGUUUUUUUAUAAAGUGUGUGAAUGAUUUUGAAGAAACUUUUAGUUUUGUAUUAAAACUUUUUUUCAUUUUAUAUGCUCAGGUUUCAUCAUUAAUCAUAUUCCUUUACUCAGAUUUUCUGAUAUUUCUUCUUUUUCAGAAAAAUGGUACCUUUUAGAAUAUUACUUUGUGUUCAGAUUCUUGCUUGUCUAGCAUAUUGUGGCCCUAUUCCACGGACUCCUUCAAUAUUAGUUGGUCACAGCCAGGACCAUCAGAUUGACAAUGUUGAGAUUCACCAUGAUGUGGAUGUUGACAAGAGCCAAGGCGAGUUAGCUGUUGACUCUCUACCAGAGCAACCAAGUAACUAAAUGCAUUACAUAUUUAAUUGAAAUAGCUUUGCUAUUUAAUAAUGCUAGUUACAAUACGCUAUUUUUUAGCAUGAUUUCAGCAAUUAUCUGCUUUAUAACUUGAAAUUAUAUCAAUCUUGAAAGAUGCUAACUUUUUAAGCUCUUAAACUUAAAGGAUAAAGAAAAUGAGCAAAACAAAUUAUGGAAAAAUCUGGGGGAAAACAGUACGCAACAACACAAGGAACAUAUAGCCUUCUUCUGGGAACAAACAACAAAAUAUAAAAUAAAAAUAAACAAAUAUAGGUUAAAGGAGAAUUAAAGCACAUAAAUGGGACUUGAUUUUUAUAAAAACAAAGUUACUUUACUAAUAAAAUAAUUUUAAACAUUUAAAUAUUUUUAAUUUACCAUACGAAAAUGAAUAAUUUAAUAAACUUUUCUCAUAAUUUUUAAAGGCAACAACGAAUAAUCAUUUUCAGAACUCAUAUUCAGAUUUCUAAUUAUUGCUUUUUUUUUGGGUGGGGGGGUCCGAAGAUUGUGCCUUAUCCACCUUCAUGUUUUCCUCAUGAUUUCUUCAGCAAUAAGCUCUUGGUAUGUCCUUUCCAGUAAAUCUUUGUUGGUGACGAUGUUUGGCCAUGUUCAGGACCUUUCUAAGGCAAGUUUUAGUGAAAGUCUGUAAUUUCUGCUCGAUGCUUACUGUUGUUCUCCAAGUUUCAGCUCCAAAGAGUAGGACUGUUAUCAUAUUUGUGUUAAAAAUUUUGACUUUGGUUUGCAGAGUCAGCGCCCUUGGACUCCCAUAUUUUCUUACAAAUGCUGACCUUGCCCAGACAUCAGCUCCAGACCACCAUCUACAUCAAUGGUGCUGCCCAAGUAUGUGAAGGCCUCAGCUUCUUCUAGUGCAUUUCCAGCCAAGUAAAUAUGCUCUUGGUUUGCUGAGACUACCUUCAUGAUCUUUGUCUUGCUUUUAUUUAUAUUUAGUCCAAGCUGUGUUGAAAUGGUGGCUACAUCUUUUGUGUUUUCCUUCAUCUAUUGCUGGUUGUGGGACAGAAAUGCAAUUUCAUCUGCAAAGUCUAAAUCUAGUUGUUCCCCAGGGUGUCCACUGUAUCCGUUGUCUGUGGAUUCUUUCAUUAUCCAGUCAAUGGCAAGGAUGAAUUGGAAGGGGGACAAGAGACAUCCUUGUCUGACUCCUGUUUCCACGGACAUCUGUGAUUCUACCUUCAUGUAACACCACCCUGCAUGUCAUUUCUUAUUUAGAACUCGGAAUGUUCGAGACUAGUUCUCCUGGUACUCCAUAAUGUUGGAGAAGUUUCUUUUGUUGGUCCAAGCUAUCAAAGGCCUUUUCAUAGUCUAUAAAAUUUAGAUAUUAAUAUUCUACAGUGAUGCAUAGGGUUGCAAAUUGGUCUGUGCAUGAUCUGUUUUGGUUGAAGACAACCUGUUGAUCUUGUAGCAGUGUGUUGACUUGGUCCUUCAUUCUAUUCAGAAUAUUUCUGUUAAAGACCUUUCCUGGUACUACAGCAUUGUAAUUCCUGUGUAAUUUGCACAGUUGCUGAUAUCUCCUUUCUUUGGUAUCUUGAUAAGGUAUCCUUCUUUCAAAUCUUUUCAAAUGGAUGGUGUAGCAUGUUGAUUAUUGUUUUUAUAUCUGCUCUCAUCAUAUCUGUUGUGAUGUAUCCUGAUGCUUUCCCUAUUUUGAACUGCUUGAUAGCCAGGGCUAUUUCUUCCUUAUAUGAGCACUCUCUUCUAUUAGUAAGUCUUCAUUUGCUGGUUGUAUGUCUUGUGUGUCUGUUGGUGGAGGUCUGUUUAGUAAUUCCUUUAAGUAUUCCACCCAUCGUUUUUGUUGUUCUUUCCGUUCCAUUAUUGAUCUACCUGCCUUAUCUUUAACGGGUCUCUCUGGCCUUUUGCAUCUGCCGAAGAGUUUUCUUAUUAUGUCAUAGAACUCUUUCAAGUUUCCCUUUCUGGCUGCCUCUUCUGCUGUUGAUGCUAGACAAUCUAUGAAAGCUUAUCCUUUUAAAAUGGGUAUUUUUUAUCCUUCAGUUUAUAUUUCUCUUGUGCUUUUGUUUUCUCUGCCCUGGUGUGGCUGUUUACUGCACACUUCAUUUCUUUCAUUUUGUUUUGUUAGAGUCAAUCUUUGUGCUUGUGCCAUUGAAGUUUCAUCUGGUCAUAAUCUGUUUGGUUUUGCAGUACCUGGAACUAAUAUCUUAAAGUAACACUGAAUUCCUGUCAUUUGUGCUCAUUUGCUAGAGCUAGAAGUGCUAUGUUGUGUUCUAGUUUUGCCUAGCAGCUUGCUCUUCCCCAAAUUUUUUUUCAGUUUUAGCUUGAGUCUUGCCCAAACUAGAUUGUGAUCAGAUGCAACAUCAGCUCCUCUUUUAGCUCGUAUGACUUGUAUAGACUUUCUGAAUUUUUUGCUAAUGCUUAUAUGGUCAAUUUGUUUUUAUGUUCUGUUAUCAGAGGACACCCAAGUUACCUUGUGGAUAUUCUUAUGCUGGAAUAUUCUAUCCCCAAUAAUGAGCACAGAAGUCUGCCAGUCUUUCACAAUUUUCAUUUGGCUCUCCUAAACUAUUUCUUCAUCUCCUCAAAUUUUUUUCCAAUCUUAGCAUUUAGAUAUUCCAUUAUCAUAUUUAUAUAUAUACCUGGAUACUUUUGUAGUAUUGCUUGUAGUCAAUAGUAGAAAGCUUCUUUUUCAUCUUCCUUACUAUCGUUGGUUGGUGCAUAGCACUGUAUUAUAUUCAUAUUUAUUUUCUUCUUCUUGGUUCAGAAUGUUGUUGCUGUAAUAAUUCUUGGACCAUGGGCAUCCUUUCCUAUCAAUGCCCCUAGUGCAAUCCAUGAGAUCUUGAAAGCAACUCCUUAUAUGUGGAGCAUUUUCCUCCUCAUGCCCUGAAUAAAUAAGUGUUUCUCCCAAGGCCAAUGUUAACUGUGUAGUUUGUGUCCAUCUUGUUUCACAAAUGCUGAGUAGUGUGAGCUUGUAUGUUCUCAUUUCUGCCACCACUUGUGCUGAUUUUCCCGUUUACAUAUGGUUUUAACAUUCCACGAGCCUGUGCUUAUUGCCUUUGAAAAGAGGAUCCUUGGCUUUGAGGCUUCCAGUAUAACCUGGCUUUGGCCACAAGGCUUCAUAACUCUUCUUGGGGAAAUAGAACCCUCUCUUAUCAGGGCUAAAAUUGUUUGGCUUUUCUUCCUGGUUACAUUUCUGUAGCAAUAUGUUUUUUAUAGGUGAGGUAGCUGGCCAACCCUCCUCCUUUUGCACCCGGCUUGGGACCGGCCAUGGCGGAUUUGUUUUUUUUAAAAGUAACCUUAUAUUAAAAAUUAAUAUUACAGUCAAUGAUGCAGCAGGAGAUCGACAGUUGAGUAAAGAUGAACAGCAACAACAGCAGCCAUUAGAUGUAGUUGAAAUGGCUAUUGGGAAUGAUGUUAAUGCAGCCCAUGAAGUGAAAGAUACUCUGAAGGAUAAGCUUAGACUUAUCUUAACAAAUGGAAGUCAAGAUGAAAACAUAGAUCUUAACAUGGAAAUGGUCAAGAAAUUUAAAGUGUGAUUUAUUUUUAUAUUUUGUUUUUACACUUAACAAUCUAAUAAAUUUUUAUGUAAGCAGGACUUUAAUUUUAUGGCCAUACAGUGUUUUUUAAAGAGAAACUGCUAAGAACUCACUACUAAUUUUUUUAUUUUAUUUGCAUUCCACAUGCUCAAAAUUAUUAUAAUUAAAACUAUAAUUAGAUUGAGCUUUUGAAAUGGAAUGGGAAACUUGAAAAAUCAAAUUUUAGAUUGAUCUUGAAUUUUAAUAAAAAUUAUUUCAAACUGGCAUGGAAAAAAUCAUGUUAUAAGUUAAAAGGAAAAACAAAUACUUUUUCUUUACUGUACAUCAGAAACUUACAAUGGAACAACUUGUACCUGUGGACCACUUGGAUGUUGUAAAAAUGGAACAAGAUGGUCAUGUCAACAAAGAAUACCACAAGGAGAUGUUCCUUGGAGGAUUGCAUGAUGAAUUUAAGGUCGAGACAUUCGAUGAUGCCACCAUACAAUUACAAGAAAUUGUAAAUAGGUAAAAUAUGCCAAAUCUGUGAAGCAUUACACAGUCAUGUUAAUUUUAUUUCUAUAAUAAUUUCAAGAAAUAAAAAAGUUAUACUAAUCACUCACAAUCCAGAGAAGCAGUGAUUUUUAAAAAGUGGAGUUGUUUAAAAAUCUGUGUUCGUGGAUUGUAUGGAUUAUAAAAAGUUGAUUUUGAAGCAGAAAUUCAUGCAACCUUUCAGCAUAGACUAGGAAGUGUAUAACAAAUUCUGCAAUUAUUUUUGUUAUAUUUAUUUUUUUUAUUACAUACCGGUAUUUAAAAUUUGAAAAAAAGGGGGAGGGGUUAGGAAAUAAAAUAUAGGUUUUAAAAAGUUAAUAAUGUGUGUGUGUUAUUGUUAACUUUCUAUGAGGUCUAAUUUUGUCAAGUCUCUGUGCUACCUGCAGAAAAUAUUUAUUAAUUUUUUUAUGGCCCAGGCCCUGUAUAACUUUUAUCUGAAUAGAAAUCUGGAGCGGACAACACACACACACACACACCCAUUAUUAUAAACUCUAUUUUAUGAAUAAUUUCUAUAAUAGUUUUGACUGAGGUAGCUAUUUUCAAAGCAUUAUACAGAACAUAAUUGUAUUUUUAAUAUGAAGGCUGGGCUAGGCGUUUUUAGUAGACUAUCAACAUUCAACUCAUAAUGUGAAAAUUUCAUCUUUAAUUCAGCAUUUUUGGCUGUUAAAAUAAAGUACCAUAAUAUGUAAUAUAUUAUAUAGUUUCAGUUAUUUUUGGUCAAGGAUUAUAUACUUAAAUGCCCAUGGGAAGUCAAAUAGUUAUACAGAUACCAAACUUGAAGUAAAUAUACUCUUUAACAAACAACUAUAUGGAUGUUAAAAUAAUCCAAAAUAAUUCUUUAAAAUGUUAAAAAAAAAAAAAAAAGCAAGGAAUUUUUAACUAGAAUUGUUUUGGUCUGAUUGUGGUUCUGUUCUUCAUUAUUGAAUACUAGAAAAUAUGACCCGAUGUAACUGGGAUAAUGCCAGGCAUUUUGUGAUAUUUUCUACUUGUUAUUGCGAAAAAUCAUCAGAAUUUCUUUUUUUAAAAAAAGAUGUUUGUAAUGAUGUUUACAUUUUCUUUCUAACAUCAUUUAGUUUAGACAAAUAUUUAUCUGCUAUAUAAUAUUCGCCUACCCUAUCCCUUUUUUUGCACCCCCCAACUUCAAUUUUUUCUCUAAAAAUUGUAAAUUAUGACCUUAAAUUUACAGCAAAAAUCUAUUUACCAUUUUAAAAUUAUUUUAUAUAAACAUAAUUGAUAUCUUCAUUAAAUUUGGCCUUGUUUUUUCCACUUUAUUAUAUGAAAAUUGUAAAACAAAAAUGCUUUAACCUAAAAAACUGUUUUUCACAUCUGUAACAGCAUUAAGUUUAAAAAAAAAAAAAUUUGGAUUUAUCUCAUAAAUAUGCACCCACUUUACUUUUCACAAAGUAAAAGAAACAAUAUUUUUUCAGUUUUUGAAAGAAAAUCUUAACCCAUUUUUGUUCACCUGUGUAAACAGGAGUCAGGCAAGGAUGUCUCUUAGAUUUUGAUAUUGUUAUUUGAGGUAUGGGUAUACUUAUAUGGUGGUGCCCACAUUUUGUCAACGCCAUGAGCUAUAUUUUCUUACUUGGUAAACAUAUAUUUAUUUGUAAAAAGAGAAUGACACCUCUUUCUUCAUGACUAUAAUAUCAUUGGAUCUAAAUAUAUUGUCAUCCAUGUAAAAAUGUACACACCUUACUCCUAAGAAAAUUAAUUAUUUAUCAAAUUCUUUCCAUUAUUCUGAAGUGUAUCUUAUGCUGCCUGGAGCAAAAUGAAAGUAUCGAAUCACCCUCUCCCACAGUUAUAAACUUUAAAAAAUAAAAAAAAUAAUAAAAUCCUCCAAGGGAUGGUAGCCCCUACGUUUGCAACCACACAUUUUUGCAUGUCCCUGAACUUAAUUAAAAUUCUUAAGUCCCAGAUCCCUUUUAGCACACAUCGUUUUAUAUUUUCUAAAAUAAAUAUAUAAUUCUAUGCAUAAUUCUGUAUAUCGACAAAUUAUGGUUAUUCAAUUUAACAUUAAAGACUCUACUGAAAGUUAAAAUCUGUCACAUAAUUGGGUUUUGAGAUAUUUAUAUCAAAAUUAACCUAUUGCAACUACAUAUGGUUUGUUUUUAUUUGGAUGAGUGAUAAGUGAAUUAGUAUAUAAUUUGCUUAUAAAGUUUUGCUCCCCAUUUGGCUUAAACAGCAUUUUCUUAUUAAAAGUAUUUUAAAUUUUAAGUUUUUGUUACUUUAUAUAAAUUUGAUAGAUAUCUUUUUGGAAUGAAAAAUAAGUAAAAACUUAUUGCAUGUUAAGUACAAAGUUAAAAUUUGGUGUGUUUUAUCAAAAAUUAUAAAAGCAAUCAAUUAUAUUUAUUAAUUUUACUUUCAAAAAGGGGAAAAUACAUUAUGAGUUUUGCCAUACACGGUUAUUAAAUCAAAGAGACUUAAAAAAGCGUUUUAUUUGCAAUUUUAAAUUUUGCAUUUGUUUUAAAUGUGGUAAAUUAUAGAUUUGUUUUUUGUUGACUUUGUACCGCGCAUCGAGCCUUUGGGGAUGAAGCGUGUUUUUGAAAUGAACUUUAUUAUUAUUAUUAUUAUUAUAAGUAUAGUCUGCUUUGCCAACCCCUAGUUCUUUUUUUUCUUUUCUAAAAUAUGAUAAUUUCUUGCUGUUUUACCAUCACCAGUGCUGACCUGGACAAGGAUGGCUUUUUAUCCAAGCCAGAAAUGGAAAAAUGGAUUUUAAACAAGAUGAUGGAACACUUUGCUUCAGCAAGGAAAGAGAAUGAGCUGAUCUUUGACCAUCUAGAUCCUGAUGGUAGGUUCUAAUUGUAUUGUUCAAGUGAUAACUAAAUACUGUGCUUGCCAGUGCCCAAAAUGGGCAGUGAGGUUGAAGCUAAUAAUGUGAUCUCUGCAAAACACAAUUGGCUAUAAUCUAUCAAUGGAAUUCUAUGUCUGUGGGUAGAGUUUAUAGCAGAUAAAUUAUUACUUACCAUGUCAUUGUUUAAACCUUCUUUUUACCUGACAAUAUUUGUUGCCAAUUCAUAGCUUUCUUCUUAUCUUAAUGCAGGGGAUGGUUACAUAAAAUGGAAAGAAUACUAUGUCCACUUCCUUCUGUCUCGAGGAUUUGAUGUUCAAAGUGCUAUGCAGCAUGUUCUUGAUUAUGAGGAUGGUGUUAAAUUGGAUCAGGAUGGUGAGUACAAGCCCUUUGAUAAGCAUUUGGUAAUUACAAUUUUAACAACACAGUCCUCAUAAUGUGAAAUGAUUCAAUAAGAUUCUGUAAGUCUACUAUUCAAAGUUAUUUAUUAAAUUAGUUUUUACAUGUUUUUGAAUUACAGAAAAAAAAUUUAGAAAAUGGAAUAAGAAGAGUUCAUUAACUUUUAGAAAAUAAUUACUUUAAUUAAGUUUUUGCAUUCGAAUUUUUUUCUUUUUAAAUGCAGUUUUUUGUACUUUAAGAUAGUUUUUAACUUCUUAUUAAAAUGAUGUUUUUAGGUCUUGAUUAAUACUGAUAGGGGUGUGCCGGAAUCCGGUUCCGCUGGAUUUUGCACUAUCCGGUGAAAUCCGGUUCCGCCGGAUUUACAUGUAUCCGGAACAACUGGAAUCCGGAAUAUACCGGAUUUCGGAAUUUGUCAGAUUUUGUGACUCACCGGAUCCAGACAUGUUUACUCUUACGAUUUUGGCGAACAAUGUACGAUUUUUAGAUGUCUUUUACGAUUGUACGCCAAGACCCUCCAAAACUACGAUUUUCAGAGACCCGGUGGAAAAAAUUUUCCCCCGAUUUAAAAAAAAUUAAUAAAUUUUCGGGUUUGGACGUUUUAGCCCUCUCUAAAUGAAGAUCUGGCAGUGAAUAUGAACAAGAAAAACGAUUGGUUGGAUUUUUUUUUUUUUUUUAAAAGUUGGGACCAUCCUUAUUAUAUUUCGAAAGCACUCAUGGGGACUGGGGAGGUGGGGUUGUUGAUGACGGAAAUUGUGGCAUACGAGACACGCAUGGGUAGGGGAUUGGUGGGAGUGUCAAAGGAUAUAAAUAAAUAACCCCGACGUAUCGUAUUGACGGGAUCACAGUGAACUAGCUGGCUGCGUCAACAGUAAUAUUUAGACUUGUCGCCCUAGCGACAACUUCACCCGCCAUCGCCUUUGACUGCUACCAAGCGUGUGACGUAGUUUUGGUACAUAAUUAUUUUGUUCCUCAGAACCGCGGCGAUUGUAAAACUAGAGAUGGUUUUUAAAAUAAAAUAGAUGAUCCAACUGUUCUGCAGUGGAGCGUUGGAUUUUGGCAUACCGGUAUUUUAUAAGAUCCAGUCAGCGACAUUUACAAAAUAUAUGGAAAUAUUUUGUAGUUUUAUUUAUUUACUAUAGAGAUAUUGUAUUGUACGAUUUUGAGACCAGAUUGUACGAUUUUAGGGGUUUGAGGGUAAACAGGUCUGCCGGAUCAUAAUCUGAAAUAAAAGUAAUUCUCUUUCCCGAAUUCCACACGAUCACGAUACAUUAAUCGAUUGUUUCGAGCGUUGAGCUUGUUUAAUGUUUAAUAUUCCGAACAUACCAGAGGCUAGAGUCAGCACCGCUAAUAGUGGCCAAUCGGCCCAAUCCCAUACAUGAUUAGUGCCAACUGUUUAGAAGGCAUCCAACCCCUCAGAUUUACCGGUAUCUGCAAAGUACCGGAAUCCGGGAAAACCGGAAUCCGGAUUAUUCCGGAAUCCGGAUUAUUCCGGAAUCCGGAUUAUUCCGGAAUCCGGUUUAUUCCGGAAUCGGAAUCCGGAUCCAACGGAUUUCGCAUACGAAAAUUCGGAUCCGGUUGGAAAAAAACGGAUCCGGCACACCCCUAAAUACUGAUACUAAUUAAACAAUAUAUUAUAGCAAAUGUUUGGGGAUUAAUGAUAAUUAUAGUUUAAAUGUGAAUGUAAAAGGAAUAAAUUUUAACCAAGAUGCAAACAUGGCUUCCAAUAAAUAAGUUUUAGAUUACAACACACUAUUUAAUGACAGUGGUCCAGGGAACAUAUACAAAAUUCUUUUUAAACUUUUUCAGAUAAAGAUGCUUUGAUCUCUUAUAAAUUCAAGUGGACAGAUGCUGAUAACAACAUCACAGAUAACAAAUUAUCCAAAGAUGAAUUUAUGAUCUUCAGACACCCUGAGCACAGUAAACAGACCCUCGAGACAAUGGUUAUUAAUGUCAUGAGGGGUGUAGGUAAGUCUUGUCAUGAUAUGGUUAGGUAGGUCUUGUCAUGAGGGGUGUAGGUAGGUCUUGUCAUUAGAAGUAUUGGUGAGUCUUAUCAUGAGGGCUAUAAGUCAUGAAAUUGGUUGUUAAGUCUUGUAAUGAUGAGUGUAGGUACAUAUUGUCAUGGAGGUGUAGGUAAGUCUUAUAAUGAGGGGUGUAGAUCGGUCUUGUAAUGAGGGAUGGUGGUAGGUCUUGUAUUUGAUUUAUGUGUCAUUUGCUUUGUGGGACUAACUAUACUCAGUUGCUGUAGUGGCAGAGGGCACUUCAAUACUCUAUAGUAAAAUCACAAAGAAUGGCUUUGAAGAAAAGCAAGUGGCCUUAAAAGGUUCCCGGAGUAAUUAAUAUAUUGUUGAUUGCAACACUAUUAAAAGUCAGAUUUAAAAAAAAAUUCUUUUAUUUUUCAAUUUUAUUACCUGUUUCUUGUAAAAAUAUGUUUAAAAUUCAUUGUUGUAAAGUACAUUACCUGUCACAUGAUCUAACAAAAUAUUUUAAAAGUUUGAGUCAAAAGUUAAAAGGUUUUUUGUGUCUCCUGUAAAAUUUGAAAACUUGAAAUAUACAUUUUGAGAGUUACAGAGAUGACCAGUUAAUGAAAACAAACAUUAUUGGCACUGGCAUGGAAAUCAAAUAAGUUUUGUAUUGAGUCAGAGCUUUAAUUUUCAGAGAUUUUGGAGAAUGCAUGACUCUAGGAAGUACAAAACAAUUUAUCUUAAAAAUUUUUAUACCGGUAUUAAUUAAGUACAGUAUUAAUCUUUAAAAAAAAUUUAAUUACCUAAAUGAAAAUAUCAGCAGAAAAAAUAGUAGGAUUCCAGCAAACUAACAUUAGAGUGGUCUGGUUUGAUAAUGAAUGCAGAGAGACUGUAGAAGAAAGGAACAAAGCACAAAUGAUCAUGAUACAAAGGGAAAUCAGAAAGACAACACAAACAUACAUGGAAGCCAGAAGGAAAGCCACAAAAAUGUGUAGAAAUAAAAGAGGGAAUGGGAAAAAGCUAAACUAAAACAAAUAGAAGAGUUAUCAAGAGAGUCGGAAACAUCAGAGGAAUGUACAUUAAGAUAAAAGAUGAAAAUAAUGGAUACCAAGCCAGACCGCUAAUGUGUGAGAGCUUGAGUGGAGAAUUAAUUACGGAAAAUAGUAAAGUACUUGAGUCAUGGGCUGAAUAUUUUGAGGCAAUACUAAAUGCAGACAAUAGACAAGAUGAAGAUUAUCAAUAACCACAUGGAGGACCAGACCCUUUCAUAAGCUCUCCAACUUUAGAAGAAACUACAAAAGUAAUCAAUUAUAUGAAAAACCACAAAGCCCCUGGAGAAGACUUCAUCACAGCAGAACUUAUUAAAUAUGGAGGAAAAGAACUACAAACUCAGAAACAUAAACUUAUGAAUAAAAUUUGGCAAGAAGAGAAAAUUCUAACAGAUGGGAAAAUGGCAUGGAUAACUCCAAUACACAAGAAAGGCUCCAAACUUCAGUGCAAACUACAGAGGAAUUUCUAUAUUAAAUGUUACAUACAAAAUACUGACAAAACUAAUUGCCAAAAGACUACAACCGUACACUGAAGAUGUAGAUUCAGACAAAACAGAUCAACGACUGAUCAGAUUUUCACAUUCAGAUGCCUAUUAGAAAAAUGUUAGGAUUAUAAUAUCCCAUUAUGUCAAAUCUAUGUGGGCUAUAAAAUGGCCUAUGACAGCAUCAAAAGAAAAUAUCUCUAUGAGACUGUGUAGGAGUCUGGCCAACAAACCCAACAAACUGACAAUACUGAUGCAUUAAAUAACUCAAAAAGCAAAAUCAAGGUUGAGGGAUAAUAUUUAAAGGAAUUUUAGAUUAGACGAAGCCUUAAACAAGGAGACUCACUAUCUUGUAUGCUAUUUAAACUUACUUUAGAGAGCGCUAUAAGAAUAAUAGAUAUUGACAGCCACGGAAAAAUAUCAGGAUACUUCCUGAAGGAAAACCAAGACGCACCACCAAUAGGCACUCUCUACAACCAACCCAUUUCAGUAUCUGGCAUAUGCUGAUGACAUUGCACUGUUAGGGUUAGGGAAAAGUAGAAAAGACAUUUCAAAAGCCUUUAUUUAAUUAGAAGACACAUCACUACCAGCAGGGCUGGAAGUUAACAACCAAAAAUCAAAAUACAUGACUAUGAUAAGAGAAGAACAGACAGAUGGCGCCAUUAAAAUCAGAAAGUACAUCAAUCCAAAUACCUAGAAUCUUUAUUAAAUGAAAGAAAUGAAUUACUAACAGAAAUAGAAGAUAGAAUAUCAGCCGGAAACAGUGCAUACUUCAGUAGUCAGAAAAUACUCAAAAGUAAAAAUAUUACCAAAAAAAAAAAACACCUAUAAAACUGUAAUCAGACCAGUUGUAACAUAUGCAAGUGAAACUUAGACCCUCACAAAACGGCAGAAAAUCUGUAAAACACAUGGGAGAGAAAAGUUCUCACGAAAAUAUAUGGACCAACAAAGGAUGAAUAUAGAUGGAGAAUACGAACCCAACAAAUAAUUGUACAGUCUAUAUCAGGAUGCCACACCAGUAGCAGAAAUAAAAAGGGUAGGUUACGCUGGGCAGGACACUUAGAGAGAAUGCCAAAUGAUAGAGGGGUGAAGAGGGUACAUCACCAAAACCUUAGAGGAUAACAGUUCAAAGGCAGACCCUAGGCUUAGAUGGAUGGAUGAUGUGGAAACAAGUCUACUGCAGCUGGAAAACUAAGCAUGGAAAAGAAAAGCAUUAGUUAGGUCUGAGUGGAAGGAAGUAGUGAGGCAGGCUAAAGCCCUACUAGGGCUGCAGCGACACAGGGAUGGAUGGAAAAUCUUUUGUAACAUUGUGUUAAAUCAAUCUUAAUUUUAGAAACACAAAUAAAUUGGAAACAUUAAUUUUUACUUAAUUAAAAUUUUUGAAUUAUAACUGUUACAAAUUUGACUUAUAACUGUUCAAAAUGUGUUUAUUUUAUUUAUUUAUUUAUUUAGGCAUUUUUAUAUAGCGCUUAUCAUAAAGCUCUAAGCGCUUUACAAUUAUUAAAACAUGUAAACUAAGUAAAUACAAAUGAGAUACUAGGAUAGUAACUACUAUUUUAUAGAAACAAUGAAAAUGACUAUAAAACGAGGACACUUUGACACUUCAGGAUCAACCCGAAACAGAAAAUGAGGUAGGGCAAGGAGGGUGCAUCACAGGUCAUAGGCGGACCUAAACAGAUGAGUUUUAAGGGACUUUUUGAAAAUGGACGAGGUUUCACUAUGACGUAUAUGGAAGGGGAGCUGGUUCCAGAACGUGGGCCCAUGGAAGCAGAAGGAGCGUUCACCGAUGGUCUUAGUUUUAGUUCUUGGGAUUGAGAGGGUUCUACUGUCAAUGGAAGAACGUAGUUGUCUUGUGGGGAUGUAAGGAAGCAACAGUUCAGAGAGAUAGACAGGAAAGUGAGGGUCAGUGAACGAGUUGAAGCAAAGAUUGGCAGACUUGUAUUUGAUGCGAGAGGAUAUUGGAAGCCAGUGGAGUUGCCGCAUGUGUGGUUGAAUGUGGUCAUGUUUCUUUGAUUUAAAAAUGAGUCUGCAUGCUGAGUUCUGUGCCUUCUGAAGUUUUUCUAUGUGGUGUUGAGGAAUGCCUGAGAGAAGAAUGUUACAGUAGUCAAAUUUUGAAAGAAUGAGUGAAGAGACAAGAGUUUUUGUGGCAUCAAAGGAGAGGAGGUGUCUAAUGGUGCUGAUUUUUCUAAUUUCAUUAUAUGCUGAUCUGCAUAUAUUCGUGACAUGAAAGCAAAUUUUCUGUAUUGACAAGACAUUAUUUAGGAAGUUCCCUAACCUGAAGUUCAAAACACUCUUGCAAUAUGGCAGACAAAAAUAUGUGAACCUCUUUCAGUUUAUUUUCCCAUUAAGAGAGUAACACAACCAAAUCUUCAUAGUUUUUCAUAAAUUUGGAUAAGGUUUUUGGUUACUGACAAUAAAUAUUUCAUUUUCUGAUUAUUUAUGCUAAAGUGUGAUCAAUUUAACACUUGUGAUCUUCUGCCAGAUUCCAACAAGGAUGGUGUUAUUACAGAAGAAGAAUUUGCAGCAUUGCCUCCUGGAGAGGUUGAGGGAAAAGAGUUUGAAGAGAUGGAUCGAAAGUGGCAAGAGGAGAGGAAGAUAGAAUUUAGAGAAAUUAUGGAUGCGAAUAAAGAUGGGAAGGUUGAUUUACCAGAGCUGAAAGUAAGUUGAUGAGAUUGUGUUUUUCAUUUUCCCUUAUUCAAUUAAUAUUUUAUUUUAUAUAUGUUAAGUAAAUCAAAAUUAUAUUUGAACCUGUCUCCAUCAUUGAUCAAAUUUAUUAACUCAGCAUUAUUAGUUUAUAAAAAAAAUUAUCAUUUGCUUUGGAUGCAAUUUAAUUGACAUGCAGAUAAAUGUUUUAAGAAAUUAAAUUUAAUGGCCAGGCAUUUAUAAUGAUGAAAAUAUCAGCUGACUAUACCUGUCCAAUUUGUAUGUCCAGAGCUACCUUGACCCAACAAAUCCUAUCCAGGCAAAGCUUGAGGCUGACACACUUCUGUCCCUAAUGGAUGAUGAUAAAAACAACCUGCUAUCCAUGGAAGAAAUCCUCAAACAUUCAGACAUUUUUAUAUCCAGCAAGCUUGUCAAUUUUGAGCGCAAUAUUCAUGAUGAAUUUUAAUAUUUGUUAAUUAUACGAAUAAAUAUAUUUUCUUUCUUUAAAGAGAUAUAAAAUUGUCAAAAACUUAGGUUGAUUUGAAUUAAUGAAUUAACUGCUAAUUGUAUUUAUAAUAUUUUUCUGUGAUACCCAGCAACUUAGAAAUUAGCUCAGAAAACAGAAUCAUAAUAUACAUGGCAAAUUUAGUUCACUCUAGUUGAAGUACCUGGGUUUUUAUAAUUUAUUUGUUUGUGGUCAAGUGAAUAAUUGUAAUUGUCGCUUAAUUCUGGAUUUUUGUAUUUAGCAAGUGUAAUGAUGUACACAUUUUUUAAAAUAAUUUUUUUUCUUAUCAGGGUUUGAUUUUGAGGCUAAUUUUUUUUUUUGGUUAACAAUAAACCUCAGCUUCACUUAAAGCAGAAGAACUAAUAGAUCUUAAGACUUAAAAUUAACUUUCACUUAUUUGUACAAAAUAGCUUCAAAGAAAAGCAUUUAUGCUGUACACCCUGGCAGAUGCAGGGAAAGCAUUGUAUCUCCAGUGCUUAUUUUUUUUAACAAUAAAUAAUGAAAUCAGACUGAUGUAUCAUUAUAAAAAUGUGUAAAAUUAGCCUAUUCAUUUUUUACCUGUCUUCCUCUGGUUUUAUUCUAUUACUUGCUCAUUUCAUGAAAUAAAUUAGAUGUCUAAUCCAACAGUUCUCACAAAUGAUACUGUCAUCUAGAAGCUCCCUAGGCUACCGUAGAAUUUCUCAGCCAAUAGUGUUGCCUGGACUCAGAAGCUCUCUUGCUGGCAGUGUUUGAGAACAUCAGGGUUCACUAGUUCAGAUCUGCUAAGCACAUAAAUCUUUGCUUUGGUGCAUGCAGUUGUGGUCAUAGUCAAGGGGAUAAUCCCCGAUCUGAUUCCAUGAAAGCUGGCAACAGUUGCCAAUCCAUGUUGUGGUCUGUCAGUGUCAGCCUACUUUGUCACAUGAGUGAUCUCAUGAUUGUUUCUAGCAAAUUGAAACGUUCCAUGGUUAUAUUGUCUGACCUCUCACCCUUUCUUUUUUUAAAUAUAUACAGUGGUACCUCGGGCUACGAACUUAAUUCGUUCCAGAACUCUGUUCGUAACCCAAAAUAUUAAAAUCAAUGAAAUAGAGACAAUCCGUUUCACGAUGGAAAGAAUCAUUUUUUUUUAUUAACAUCCGGUCAUUUUCCUGACAAAACGCAAAGAAUGCAUGUACUUCACAUAUUAAAUAAAUAGAAAGAAAACAACCCAUGAAAAAAUAUUUAGUCCAUGUUUCUUACCAUGAAAAUGAUCAUGGUAAAUGUGUCAGUUUCCUUGCUAUUCUGAAUCACUAGUUUCAGGAGUUUCGUGGCAGCCAACUGGGAAUCUCUCUGCACUAAGAAACUGUCAAGGGAAAUUUGUCACUUCCUUUGCUGGAGAAUCUUUAUCAAGUGGGCCAUCGCGUUAUCAUUCAUCAGGUUUACUGCCAACUGCUAUCUCUCUCUCUCUCUCGCGUUGGUUCAUAACCUGAUGCACUGUUCGUAACCCGAGACAAAAAAGUGUUGAAGUUGUUCGUAACCUGAAUUGUUGAUGACCCGAGGCAUUCGUAACCAUGGUACCACUGUAUCUGCUACCUGUCUUCUUUCUCUGCCACUGUUGGCUGGUAGAAAUUGAGUGGCAACCAUCGACUGGUAAUCAUUUACUAGUAACUAUAUGGCUAGUAACCAUUUGGUAAACAUUGGCUAGUAAUCUUA